AUCGCAGUAAGGUCAAUGGUGGGGAAAACGAUGUGUUUACGUUUGGAAGAUAGAGACGCGGAUUACAAAAACGGCUGUCGCGAUAGAGGUAGGCAGUUAGUUAGUCGCUGUUGGACGCCCGAGAGAGACGUGCCGUCACCACUCGUGCAGAAGGUUGGUCUCUACUUCCCGCAAUCGAAUCUGACGCUGAGGCUACCGUACUUGGCGCAACACGGCGCGGCAGUCUUGCCGCGGGUGAAGUUGGUCGACCUGAGGACUCUCCGCGACGACUCCACGACGCCGAAAAACGUAGAGUAUCGACUCAGAACAGACCCGCAGAACUUCGCGAUCCAGCAGGAGAACAGUAGCAAUAUCGUGCUGCAGAGCCUUCCGGUGAAUGGCACCGGCUCUAUCAUCGUCGAGGCGAGCGAGACGAGUUUCGACAAGGCGGUGCUCGAUAUAUUAGUGCAACCAGUGGCAGUAACGACGAAAACGAUCGAUUGUACGGACUUUUUGCAGGACAUGUGCUUUUGGAACACGUCCAUAUACAAGAUUUACGAGAAUCAACCGGUCACCAUGAUUGGCACGUUCGGUCCGGAGGCGUACGGCUACGUGUGCCCCGAAUUCAACGUCACCAGAUAUGAGUUAUUGAACGGAACGAAGUACUUUCACGCCGUCGACGGUAUGCUGUUCGCGAACGCGUCCUUGGACCGGGACAUCCUGGACACAUCCGUGCCUCACAUGACGUCCGCGAACGCGUCCUUGGACCAGAACAAUCUGAGCGGGCCCGGACCUCUCGUGAUGGUGGAGGUGAACUGUGUCAUCUGGGAGACGAGCGGCCGACAGUACACGCAGACGAAAGUCAUCGCCAUCGACAUCCUGGAUGAGGACGACAAUCCUCCUUCCAUGCAGGGCAAUAAUUCCAUCGUAAAAGAACUCGAAGACUUCAGCACGGGCGCCACGUUGAUCAACACUUUGAUCCUGUCGGACGCCGACGCGAUGACUACCAACCGGUACAACGUCCUGCUGCUCGGGGACACCCACAACGCCUUCAGGAUCAGUCACCAGACGCUGCCGAUUGAGCAUUCCAAGCACCAUCCGAACAAGGCACCUUUCACCGUUAUUGUCGUCAGUAUCGACGCCAGGAAGACGUUGCUGCCGAAAUCGCCGUACAACGUGACCAUACAGGCCAUCGACGAGUCGCUUCUCCCGCGGUACGGACCGAAUACGGCGAACAUCAGUGUAUCGUUCACGGGCCCGGUGCACCGAAUUUCCACGACCAAGAAGUCAUCAUCAUCAGCCCCGACGACGCUGGAGCCGGUCUUGUUCCCCACGAGUGUGAUGAUCGCGCGGCUCUCGCCGAGGUACUUUCGCGUGACGGAACAGGCGGUGAACCUGUGGUCCUCGCGAACUUUUGUCCUAAACGGGUCAAGCGCCUUCGACGUCACCCAGCGAAGCGGCAUCGUCUACGUAUCGAACGAGACGUUGUUGCGCUCUGAGCCCGCCACCAUUCUACUGAAAUUAAAAUGGGGCGAGGAGAAGCGCGCCGAGUGGACGCUGCAAGUGAAUCUGAUCGACGUGCCGCCGUCGAAGGGCAACAACACCUGCAGACUGACUCAAGAGAUGCACUCGUGCGCGAAUGCAAGAUCGCGCGACAAAUGUGUGCAGUCCUGCGGAAUCGCCAGUGGAGCACUCAGCAAUGGCAGUUUCGCCGGUCAAUGUGUCUGGAGAAGUAACGACCGCAACAACGGCACUUCUCAGAUGUCGGAGAGCUAUUCCACCUGCUCGCCGAACCUCGCUUACUGCCCCGACAACAAGUGCGACGAACUGGAGCGCAGCGAUCCGCGCAUAUGCCCGCAGGAUUGCAUCGUUGAAUCCGACGUGCACUUCGCGCACAUCCACCCGAACGGCCGCGGCAUAAAAAGCGGCCUGGGUACCUGCGCCUGCAGCGAUCUACCCAAGUGCACCUGCGGACUCGAUGCCUUUCGCCACGUGAUCGUCUCAAACGCCAAAGAGAAGCGACUGUACGCCGGAAAAUUACGCGACCGCAAGAACGAGGUCGUCGCGUCGGGCACGCGCAAAGCGUCCAGCAAUCCGUGCGGUCCCACGUGUAUGAUGGGUGUCAUCGGGGCCAGUCUGUUCGUGUUGAUCGUCAUCGUCGGCUCGUUCGUCAUGUGGCGGUACAGGAGGGCGGCGAAGGGCGCACGACGGGAAUGCAAACACAGGGUGGACGAUGCGGCGAAUGGUAUUGGUAUUCUACCGUCCGACUACAUUGAUCGCGGUGACGGCCUCCUGAUCGGUCUAGACACCUUCACGACGGCGAAUCGUCAUCUGUUGCUGCCCAAGACGUGUCCGCCGGACCCGAAGUGGGAGUUCCCUCGGUCGCGGCUGACGAUCGAGCAAGUGCUGGGCGAGGGUGAGUUCGGGCGCGUCCUGCGUGCCAAAGCCAUCGACAUCGGCGGAUGGUCCGGGCCCACGACCGUGGCGGUGAAGACCCUGAAGGAGGACGCGUGCGCCUCCGAGUUGGCCGAUCUGCUGUCCGAGUAUCAGUUGCUGAAAGAGGCGCAGCAUCCGAACGUGAUCCGGCUGCUGGGAGCUUGCACGACGCCGGGCGCGCCUGUCUACCUCAUCAUCGAGUUCGCCGAAUUCGGUUCCUUACGCAACUAUCUGAGGCGCAGCCGUAACUUGAAGACGGAAGGAAGAACCGGCUGCUCGACGUCUCUGCUUUCCGCUUCGUCGGGCAACAACACCGGCGAGGAGUCGCGAUGCGCCGAUAACGCGUUGACCUACACUAUAACGCCGCACGAUAUUCUCUCGUUCGCUUGGCAAAUAAGCAAAGGGAUGGCGUAUCUCGCCGACAUUAAGUUGGUGCAUCGGGACCUCGCGGCGAGGAAUGUUUUGCUCGCCACUGGAAAGGUCUGCAAGAUCUCGGACUUCGGCCUGACUCGCGACGUCUACGAGGACGACGCGUACCUGAAGCGCAGCAAAGGGCGAGUGCCCGUGAAAUGGAUGGCGCCCGAGUCCCUGGCCGACCAUGUGUACACCAGCAAAUCGGAUGUUUGGAGCUUCGGCGUGCUCCUGUGGGAGUUGGUCACGUUGGGAGCCUCGCCGUAUCCCGGAGUGGACGUACAUAAUCUCUACAAUCUCCUCAAGUCCGGCUAUCGCAUGGAGAGGCCGGUCAAUUGUUCGCAGCAAUUAUACAAGCUGAUGAUGUCCUGUUGGCAUCUGGAGCCCGGCAUGCGGCCGUCUUUCAAGGAACUGACCUGCCAUUGGGAACGCAUGCUGGAGGAUGGUAUCGAGUAUCUCGAUCUUAAUCCGCGAACCGUCCACAAUCAGGCCUACUUUGAGUCCUUGCAUUCCUUGGACAAAAUGGACGAUUCCGAUGACAACGAGACUGUCAGCAACCUGAAGACGGACACCGUCAAUUACCUCGGCAGAAUGUCCUCCGAGCCGGUCACCAAGUGCGACAAGGUGGACAAAUUGCAGGCGCUCUGGCAGAUGUCCAUAGCGUCCUUCCCCGAGGAGCCCGUCAAAUCCUCCUACGUGAACGAUCGACCCGCAAGCCUCAACGCUAAUCAUUACGAGAGUCCCAUUAAACUGAGAAAUACUAGUGUGACCAGCAACAGUGAGAACGACCUGCGAAUAUGCAGUCAGGAACGUCCUCAGUCCUAUAUUGACAUGCAAGGGAAGAAAUCGACUGAGACGGAGGACCUCUUGAUGUUCGGCAGUAUGGACGACGACAGGAGCGACAAUAACGUGACAAAUUGAGCUACCUAAUCCUAAAUUGGAUUGGAUGUCCGACAAAUGAGAAGCUUCCACGAUCGAAUCAGGAUACACGCUCGACUUCCCGAAUCUCAACGUGUUCCCGAAGUCUUCGAGCGAAUACGAUGAGAGAACAACGAGAGGAGAUCUGAUGGAGUGAACAGCGCUCGCGCGAAUCGUGAGAGAGUGACGUAGUUAUCUAGUGAAGAACGAGAAGCGCAAGCGAGAAAUGCACGAGCGAUUCCAGUGAAACGAAAACUGCCAAUUUUUAUGGCAAUUUAUAGAGGAGCAUGCGAUGGUACGAUUGGAUCGGGGAAUUCGCAGCGGCGGAAGAAUUCCGGAAGAGCAGCUGCCGAAGAAUCUGAAGAAGAAUUCCCGGAGAAUCGCUGAGUAAUGCCUGAAGAAUUCUUGGGACAAGCGAACGGAGCGCUCCGCUGAGACUUGAGAGAACAGACAGUAUCGUAUGAACGAAUGAUUACCAUGUAGCGAGUGAAGAAAAUUAGUAAAUAAUUUAUCCUAUUUUUAUGUACUUAAAAUUGUACGACAGUUUGUCGACCAGCAGUGGUAAGGCCGCUUUUACUACUUAAUACCGAUAGUUACGCAUCAUAUAUAAGUCACUCGCGCGGUUUUCUCAAGGAGAAUCAUCGAGUUCGCCGAUCGGCGUUAAGUGUCUUCUGUGUGUCACACUACGCAACUGUGAUGAGGUUUGGGAGAGUAGUUUGCUCAUUCAAAGCGACAAGUCUCCUCGCGACCGACGAACGCUACGUACAGGGUGCCCGCGAGACGGGAACCUUCACAACUGGAUGGAUCGUUUCUCUAUCGUCGUCGUCGGCAGUUCCGAUAAAAAGUUUCACCCGAGCCGUAUAAUUACCGUCAACCACUCAAUGCUCCGGAAAUUUUUCUAUCGAAGAUGCCCGGGCUUCCAUCGAAUUUCCGUUGGCAAACAUUCGCGAGCGCGGAGAAUUAGAUGCAACUAGCGGGACACCCUGCACGCAGUCACCAGGAUCCGUAACUGAAUCGUCACGCUUCCCUCGAAACGAAAGAUACUUUCUACUGUCGCACUAGGCUUUUGUGGCUUUCGUGUGGCCUAGGCAACUUGAGCAGAUCGCACACAGCGACGCACGAGUAGUAGAAGGACGAGCGGCGGUUUUCACGAGACGCGGUGAAGUGCGAGAGCUGGCGACACUCCAUAUCCAAAGAAGAAGACUGCGCGUCUCGCGCCGUGAGAGCGAUCCCACGGUUGAGAGAUAACAAAGAGAGUCGUCCCUUUUGUAUUUAUGUAUAAAUGCAACAUUCCACGAAACUAGGCUAGUGCUUUCGUCGCGCGAGCGCGACAAUCGCAUCUGAUUUUUCAUCUUUUGCGACACGACGUUUGGUGUUCUCUUUCGUUUCCCUUCUUCUUUUCUCUUGACUUCGUUACCACCCGCCGACGCGCUAAUUCAGUCAACAACGACACCGACGUGCGAGCGCGUCGGUAUGGCUCGGCUAAUCUACGUAUAAAUGCUAUGUGCCAUAUUAAUUUCUUGUAAUUAAUAUAUUACAGAAUUACAUAUAAAGCGCUUUCACAACGGUG